AUGAGUCGUUCCUACCAAUACAGCGAGAGCAUUCGUGAGGCCCUCGGAAAGAGUGAUGAGGGUGUCAAUGCGAGUAUGAUUGAUCAAAUAAGAAGUGCUAAUGACAACGGUCGUGUCACUACUGAUACUGUGCACCGUGCCCAAUAUGGAGAUGAAGCCCCAAGGGAAGAGAAACGCCAUUUCGAAGGGUUUGAUCCGGCUACCAGAUAUCUUCAAGAGACUUCGGAAGAGCCCAAAAGAAUUAUGUAA